UGUCUUUUGUCUCUACAUGCACCACCACCUUCCUCUCUUCUGCCUCUUUAGAAAACCUUAUCAUGUAUAUAUAAUAUAUGUUUCAUUCAUCCAUCCAUAGCAUACACAUAAAUUGCUAUAGCUCCAAGAUCUCCUCUAAGACGCUUCUUUGAGAUUCUUUUCAUUUCAUUAAUUGAUAUACAAACCAUGGAGAAGAGUUUCUUGUCUGAAUACAAACGAUCUUCUUCUCUCACUUUCCUUGCUCUCUUCAACCUGUUCCUGAUCAAAUUUGGCAGAUGGGUUUCUACUACUCGCAUCUUUUUAUUCAGAUUAUUUCCUCUUCUUCAACACCAACAACGUGUUUCACACAAACACGAGAGUUUGACCAAACAAGGCAUAGAAGAAGAAGAAGAAUAUGAUGAUCUCUGUAGAGCAGAUAUAGAAAUGGUUAUGAGAACCUUAGGACUUUCUCCCGACCAAGAAAGUGACAAGCUUCAAGAACGCUACAGUUCCAAGGAGAUUUCAAGUUUGUUCGAAAGUAACGAAGCGAGCUUGGAGGAAGUGAAGCAAGCUUUUGAUGUGUUCGAUGAAAACAGAGACGGCUUCAUCGACGCUACAGAGUUGCAGAGAGUUUUGACUAACUUAGGAUUUAAAGAAGGAUAUUUCCUAGGGAAUUGCUCGGCUAUGCUCAGAUCAGUACAUGAAAACAAAGAUGGAAGGAUCGAUUUUAACGGAUUUGUGAAAUUCAUGGAGAAUAAUAGCUUAUGAUAAGUCAUAUGAUUAAUCUAUUCUUUUGUUCCCUUAAAAAUAUCUUUGCUUUUUAGUUCUUAUGUUUUUCUUUAACUUCCUCGGAUGAAUUUUUAUGCUAAAACUCUCAUCGUAUGUCAAAUAUUAUUCAAACUUUCAUGAUAUCGUAGGGACCUUUUAGUAAUUUCAGAGCUUCCAA